AUAAUAUUAAUUUAAAACAUCAGAGGAUGACCGCCGAAGCGGCGGGAUGUGAAUGUAUUCUCGAUUUUUAUUCAAAUAAUAUAUCAAGUCAAAUAAAUCAAUGUAGCCCGGAUUAUUCUUGUAAUAUUAAUCAUCAUGCAAAUGAUAACUCAUGUAAUUGGAAUAUUGAUUAUCCUAAAAAAUUCUCAAGUUGGCAUUAUUCAAGAAAUUAUCAAGAAACAUUAUUCCCUAGUUCUAAAGGUUCUGGAAUCCAAACAAAUUCUAUACGCCCGACUUCCAUGAGUACGGAGCAUUUAAAUCAAGAUUUGUUAGCACCAAAUGGAUUAUCUCAAGAGCCCAUCAUAACAACUAACACUUUGGACACUGUUAUUCCUUGCUUAGAUGCAGAUUGCCUUUGUUCUUUGGGAAUCGCUCAACAUCAGGAUCAUGAGAUUACGGAAUGUAACAAAUGUAUAAAAUACCAUCACGAAAAUUUACAUACGUCUUCCGGACAUAUAAAAUCUAACGUCAGCUCAGACUCCCACUCAUUUAUUAUUUCUAACCCCAGCGCCGUUGCAGAUACUUAUGAUUUAUCUGAUCAUAGUCGUGAUUCGUCUUAUCCUGAUGAUCAUUUCAACCGUAUGGUACCUUCUCAAACUGAGUUACCUAAUACCUGCUAUGAGUUAGGAGAAGAUAGACAUGCUAAGGAAAUAGAAGAAAUUGAAAGAUACUAUGGGGGGCGUUUAAGAACUCAGCGCGCUGCAAGGAUUAUACAAAAUGCCUAUAGAGACUAUCGUUUGAGAGCGGAAUACGCACGAUUGAAAUUAGAAAAAGGAAUCAGUCGUAUACGAGAAAGAAACUCAAGCCAAAUCGUCCAAAACAAAGUUAAUUCCAAUCACGUUCCAAAUAUAGGUGACUAUGCGAUUUCCAAACCUAAAGAUGACGUUGAUGACUUGGUUAUCGAGAGAGCAUACGUUGACUGGUUACCAGAAGCAGGUGUUAAUCAGACUGAGUUACAAAAUUCGAUUAACAAUGAAGCACAUUUGGCUGACGGUAAUUAUCCUAAAACUCAUCCUCAUAUUUCACAGUCUUGUACAGUUCCUCAUACUGAUAGUUUACCGACAAUUUCUGAUUCUCCACCUGUUCCCAGUUAUUUGUCUCCUGCUAAUACGAAGUCUAGUAUCAAUAAUCAGAAUUUAAGGAUGUGUAAUCCACACUUGAUGCAUUUUUCAGCUCCAAACUCAUCUCUAAAUUACAAUAAUGAUCUUAUUCAGAUACCCAGUGAAUAUUUCUUCAGUCCUUCCACUAAACAGGUAACAGUAUUUAACAGUCCACAACCACAAUGGGUCAGUUCUCUUCCUAAUAAUUUUGAUCACUGUUCAAAGGCUCAAGUAAAUACAACCUGCGAACAUUGUUGUUGUACUCGUCAACCUAGUCUAACUCAGCAUUAUGGUGUUGAGUGUUUUCCGAAAUUCAGUGAUAUAUCUCCGAGCGUAGCAGGUUCAUCUGUACAUAGAGGAGUAUAUCUCAAAAAGUGCUGUUUACCAUCCAGUAUUCCGAACCGUUCAAGUUUUCGUAACAAUUGUUGUCCUUAUUGUAUAACUAUCCCAAAUUCAAAGACUACCUCUUCAGCAAACAAAUUACCUGCUUUGGUUUGUUUACCUGCAUCUAGAGCUCUCAUACCACCUCAAGUUUGUAAUAAUGGAUGUCCAGCAAUUUCUUUCCCUGUGGGAAAAGUAUACAAAACACCAACAGUUAUUUCAUCCUGUGUCCCUCUGAACAAUGAAUUACUGCAGUUGCAUUCGACGCAGUUAGUAAAUAAUGUUCCACUUGUUCCGUUACACCAUGUGGAGUCUCAUAAUAUUAAUAAAAGUGAUUCUUCUCAAAAACAACAUCCAACAUAUGUGUCUUGCGGAGGCAAUUGUUGUCAUAUCCCUAAUUCAUGUCAAUUACACAUACAUCCUUCAUAUCUUCCACAUAACUUAUCAAGUCAAACUGUCCAUCCAACUAUUGUAACUCCAUUUUCCCAUAGAAAUACCUGUAUAAAUCGAUUACCCAAUGCUCAGGAGAAACGUAGAAAACGAGCUUAUCGUAUUGGUUUAAACAUAUUCAACAAGUCACCUGUAAAAGGGAUUGAUUUUCUGAUUAAGAAUGGAUUUCUGGAGAAUUCUCCACAGCUGAUUGCUCGUUUUCUGUUAACCCGUAAAGGUUUAAGUCGGGUUGCCAUAGGUGAAUAUCUUGGGAAUACAAAGAAUGAAAUUGCCCAGUUGACAACACGACAUUUUAUUCGAGAAUUGAAAUUUCGAAACAAAGAAGUUGAUGAAGCACUACGUAUAUUGUUGGGAUGUUUUCGUACACCAGUAAGUUAUUCUAUUACCUUUGUAAAAGUUAUCAUUUUAACAUGUCAUUUUAGUACAAAGUUUAAAUUGCCAUUGGUUUCGAAAUUGGUUGAUGAUUUCUCAUUUGAAUUUCAUUAUUUCAUCCAAAAAACAACAAAACAGAUAUAUGAUACUUUUGAUGUUUGUCAUAUAUCAUCUAUAAUGGAGACAAGUGAUCGUAUUGUUUGUGUAACGAAAUGUUUGGAAACCUGUUUCGUACAGUCAAUCUGUGAGUCAUGUAGUUUAUAAGGAAUUGGUCGUGGGAAUAUUUUUAGCAUAGUUGGAUAGUGAUGGAUCAACUCAGUUUGCAAUUCUGCUGUUAAGAAUUCUUGUUGUUAAACAACUUUCUGGAGAUUCGAAGUCAUUUGAAAGUGUUUUUAGAAAAAAAACUGUUGGAUAAUCUUCAAUAUUCCUUGCAUAAUCCGUCUUUCAAUAACCAGGCUGGUUAGUUUUUUUGUCGAACGCGAUGAUUUCACUCGACAUCUGUCACAAUGGCACAUGUUUGUUUUUCGGACGAUUGAUUUUUUAGUUUGAAUUUGUUAAUUUAGUCCGUAUCCAACCAAUAUGAACUGGUACAACGCUCUAUGCUGACUAGUGUAGGGGAUGGUUGGAAGAGAGUUAGGGGCGGCCAAACCAAAACGUGGCAUCAGUUUUUGAAGUCACUAACUUUUAUUCUGAGCCAUGUUGGUAGAUGCAGACUACUUGGUUGGGAUCCGUGUGACUAUUGUAAUCAAUGGUUGGAGACUCUGUGUGACAUGGCUCAGAGUCGAUCACAAUGGCGCAGGUGUAUACACUCUUUAUCUUCCCUUAAACCUUGAAAUUAAAAUUGCUUCAUAACUUUCUUCCAUCUUGUACUAUAUCCUUAUACACAACCUAUCAUUUAUAUACUACCACCACCACUAAAUUGAUUACUUCUAUGAAUCCGGUGUUGAUCUUUUUGUGCUAACGAGGUAUGGCAAUUUAGACCGAUGCAUAUAUGUGCCUGGUCCUACUUUGUGACUGACUGAAUAUGAACUGGUAGACGAUUCCAGAAUGUUACCAUUCUACUGUAUAUGAUUGUUAACUAUUACUUCUGCAAACUUUUAUAGGAUAUUUAUAUAUACUGGUUGCGCUUAUUAGGCAAGGUAAAAACAGUGAAUUCCUGCAUCUUAUAGUUUUAUAAUUUGUCGUUUUAUAUGUCAUUGUGCUUUUCAUCUUUUCUUUUCGAGCCACAUUUAAUUUUUCGGUACCACUGAUAAUAUUACGUUUUCCUCUUCUCAAUAGUCUUUCGCUGCAUAACAGAUUUAGGAUUCUCUAUCUGUUCUUUUUCUUGCUUUGUAUGCAUAUUUACUUUCCUCUUUUUUAUUUUGUGUUUACAUACAUGACAAAACUUUGUAUGUCAUGGUCAACUUUGACAGUUUGGAUAGCUCUUCAAUGUCUCACUUUAUAAAUAGUACUUUUAUUCGUGUAAUAAUGGAUGGUGAUAUAGACAUACAAACAGGCUGAUAAAUGCUGAAUUCUGAGGAGUUAAUUGUUUUGUACUGAAUAUUUAUUGCACGUAGUUGCAAAACAAAUCAGGAAAAAACAAUCGAUUUUCAAAGAUUCAUUUUCCUGGUACUACUGGUGUCUUUCACAAUUUUUUUGACAAAAAUAACUAUCUACUUAUAAGUAGUUAAAUAAAUGUUUAGUUUUAUUUGAGUACGAUAAGCAAAAUUGACUGUUAGUUUUCCAUACCAUUUUCAGGGUGAAUCACAAAAAAUUGUUCAUCUAUUAAAUGAAUUUCAAUCAGCUUAUGUAGAACAGAAUGCAUCUCUUGUAAAGUCACAAUUUAGAAGUUCCGAUACUGUUAUGAUAUUAGCAUAUGCAAUUGUAAUGUUACAUACAGAUAUGUAUAGUCCAAAUGUUCGACCACAAUCAAAGAUGACAAAAGAGGAGUUUGUUCGAAAUUUGCGCGGUGUUGACUCUGGUGAAGAUUUAGAUCGAGAUUUUCUGCUUGCUAUUUACGAUCGAAUCAAAUUCCAAGAAAUGUCUGUACAAUCAGACCAUACAGAUCAAGUUCGCAAGAUACAAAAACACUUAACAGGUCCUCAAAAGCCUCUUAAUCUAUCAGUUCCUCAAAGGAGAUUGGUUUGCUACUGUCGACUUUAUGAGGUUCCAGAUAAAAAUAAACGAGAACGAUCCGGUGCACAUCAACGUGAAUUGUUUUUAUUCAAUGAUCUACUUCUUAUUACAAAAAGUGUUCAAAAACGCAGACGUGAUGCAUCAGUUGCAUAUCAAGUACGUAUGACUAUUCAAUUAUUCGGAGUAAAAUUGGUCCCAUUUGAAACUGUUCAUCAUCCUAAUGGUUUAGAGCUUCUGUUACCACUUGAACAAAUUCAAAAUGUAGACUCUCAUAGAGAAGUUGGUAUGAAUCAUAUUGUUGAAACCCCCAAUGGUCGAGCACGUAUCUUAAUCACUUUAAAUACAAAAACAAGUUCAGAUCGUGCCAGAUUACUAGAAGAUUUGCAAGAAUGUAUACUGGAAGUCACGGAGAUGGAGCGUUUAAGACGUGAAGAAAUUUCAAAACAAAAGUAUAAUCAAAUCCAUCAUCAUUGUUCAAGUCAUAAAACAGGAAUAGACAAAUCAGGAAACCAUUCCAAAUCAUUUGACCAUUCAGGUGCUUCUUUAAACAUAAAUAAUAGUCAUACUUAUUCUGAUCAUGAUCAUGCUUUAUCAUCACAUAUUUGUGCACCUAUAGCUUGUUUAAUGAAUGCUACAGAAUCAAGAAAUGCAGAACAAACAAAUCAUAUGUCUGAAUACUCUCAGCAUUAUAAAUUACCAGAUGGGCAAAGAUUAAGUGGUGACAGUGGACUGAUGGCUGAUUUAGAUGCAGUAUCUUCUUAAUUUAAUCCAAUCUAUAGUAAUACAAUUAUUCCAAUUAUAAUUUCAUUUUUAUCCAUUUUUUAUUUAGAAAUUACGAAUGUUUCAAAAAAAUGCUUUUAUUCAUUUUGUGUUGAUUUUAUCCGGGAGUUCCUGUAGUAUGUGUGUGUGUGUUGCACUAGUCAACAUAUUUUCACUGUGAUAUUAUUUUAUGUUAAUACACUUACUUCUUGGCAAUAAAAAAUCUGUCUUAUUAACAAGUUGUUGCGAAAAAUUCAUCUGUUAACUUUGUACAAAUAUAUAAUUAUGUUCAUUUCAAUAUUGUAUAUAUUCAAUAAAGAUUUUUCUUUUC